AUGUUUGGAUCGACCUUUGCAAGGGACUUCCACCGAGCGAUACACUACUGCCAUCGGAAUUCUCCCUGGCUCUUGCACGAAAUGUUCAUUGCCAUGGAUACAUUUAUUGAUUGGGCACGCUUCAACCGAACUACCUCUGAAAGAGUAGACAUCGAACGGGGUGCCCGAUCCCUCCAGAAGCUCCGCACUGCCGAGGUCACCCAUUCGCAGGAUGCCUUGGCCGUUCUCAUGCUGGGCCAGGCCUUGGCGGCAUUCGAUGCCUUCCUCACCUCCACGGGCGCCACAUCCAUCCUCCGAUAUUCCUUGUCGCUGAUGAAGCCGUGGUACUCGAGUUUCGAGCAAGUUCAAUUCCUUGACCCAAUAACGAUCAGCCCAAUCUUUUGGGACAUAGUCUGCUGUCUGGUUUACCGGGAAAUACCCAUCAUUCAGCCGGGCGCACGUGAUCCAUCAGUGAUUGACCGUUUGGCCGGUCUCUGCCCAUCUGUCUUGCCAAUUCUAUACAAUCUGUGUGUCAUCGGUCAUACCUUGCGUGGUGACCCGAAAGAAGUCAACCAGCUAGAUAGCGUAGAAGAAAGAGUGCGCCAGUGGACUCCAGACCAUGAAUGUCUCGAAUCAAAAGGUUUUAGCGCCAUAGAAGUCGCCUCGAUACGAACCCAGGCGAUCAUGUAUCGAACCGCAAGCCUACUCCUAAUCCAUCGCCUGCGCCAUCCGUUAACAUGUCAUGAUGACACCGCUGUGUUGCUUGCAAACAAUAUUCUUGCCGAGAGAAGCACCUUCUUUGCCGACCAAGGAAACGAUGCUACUCUUCAGAAUGUCGUACUGCCGUUAUUUUUAGCCUUAUUGGAAGUUCCAUGUUCUCCUUUAGAAGUAUGGAAAAGCUCCACUAGGCUUCGAGUACGUCCGGCAUGUGUUGAUACCCUCCUCACUUUCCAUAAAUUUUUCUGGGAGCGGAAACAAUCUGGGUUUAACGGAUUUCUGUUUGACCUGAUUGAUAAUGGCCCCAAAUUUGUGCCCCUGCCAUGA